AUGGAUUCGGAACAGCCCAAGAAGGUCCCAAGGACGGAGACCAAGACGAAGGAGCUGUUGCGUACCACCGUCGCUGACGGUCCCUUCAGCCUCCUAGACACUGCCAUGAAGGAGAAAAAGCGGGUCUUCAUCCAGUGUCGCAACAGCAAGGCGCUUCUGGCACAUGUGAUCGCCUUUGACAAGCACUUCAAUCUCGUGCUGAAGGGCGUCCAGGAGAUCACUGAAAGCCACGGCUCCGAGCAGAAGCAGCGCACCAUCGAAAACCUCUUUUUGCGCGGCGAGUCGGUAAUUUUUAUCGUGAAGCUGCCCUAG